GAUCACAACCGUUGACACGUUGGGUCUCCCUUCAAACUCGGAGGAAGAUAAAAGCAACAAGGAUAUCAGAUAUGAUUAGGCAAACGUGACAGUUGAACCAAACAUAGCCGAUUCUAUUAUUUUCUCAUUCAGUUGUGACUUGCGAGUCGUCUCCUCUACACAACAAAGAUGGCCGAAAAACACGAGGAAAAGAUGGCGACAGUAAUCCCACUGGAAGUUGUAUCGGAAGUCAAAACUCGAAAUCAGAGUCUCGAUUCGGAUAUUGUCCAAACUAAAGUUAACGUAUCCACAGUACUAGAUUUCAAGCCUAUUUCGAACUUUGAGACGAUGAUCCAUUUUCUCAAGGGUAAUAUCGGAACAGGAAUCUUUUCUAUGCCCUCGGCUUUCAAAAAUUCUGGCCUUUGGGUUGGAACCGGAUUGCUUCCCAUUUUUGCCAUUAUUUGUACCCACUGCAUGCAGAUGUUGGUGAAAUCGGCAGACGUAAUGAAGAAAAGAGAAGGCGAUUUUUCAGUUUCGUACGCAGGUGUGGCGGAAAGUGUAUGCCGCACCGGUCAACCGAAAUUCGCAAAAUUUGGAAAUGCCUUCGCCACAACGGUCAACGUGUUCAUCUGCCUCACAAACUUUGGAGCUUGUGUUGUUUACGUGGUCUUUACGGGCACGAACUUGUUUGAGGUGGUUGAAUAUUAUGCCGAAUUGGGAUGGGAUGUACGCGUGUACAUGUGUUUUAUGACUAUUCCACUCAUCUUCAUCACUUGGAUCCGCAAUUUAAAACUUCUGGCGCCUGUGUCAGUGGUUGCAGGCAUUGUGCAAUUAGCUAGUAUCACCGUCGUGUUCUAUUACAUCUUCCGAGACUCUCUACGACCUGUCAGCUCAUUACCAGCUUUCGGGAGCUGGUCACGUCUUCCCUUGUUUUUCGGUACAGCCGUCUUCGCGUUCGAAGGUAUUCCUUUGGUUUUACCCAUUCAAAAGGAAAUGGGUCGCCCAUGGGAUUUCAAAGGUUGGACUGGAAUCCUUAACACCGGAAUGGUCCUUAUUACCGUCAUCUACGUCUCUAUGGGUUUCUAUGGUUAUCUGUCAUUUGGCGACGAAAUCGGAGGAAGCAUUACGCAAAAUCUACCGCAAGAAGAAGUAUUGGCUCAAACGGUCAAAAUCCUGUUGGUCAUGGCGAUUUUUGGAAACUAUGCUAUGGCGUUUUACGUUCCGAUCUCGAUUAUAUGGCCUCCUCUGUCAAAACACGCAGCUCGGUACACAAGCAAUCUCCUGGCUGCUGAAUUGAUGUUUCGCACAUUUAUGGUCCUUGUUACCUUGCUUCUGGCGGCCGCCAUCCCCAAAAUUGAUUUGGUAAUUUCGCUUGUGGGAGCUAUAAGCGGCACAUUUUUGGCGCUUAUUUUUCCACCUUUACUAGAGUACCUUACCUAUGCACCGAACAUCAGCACAUUGACCUUCACCAAAGAAAUCCUGAUCCUCAUUUUUGGGGCUAUCGGCUUCAGCACCGGAACUUACGCUGCCAUUUUAGCCAUCGUCCAAGAAUUCAGCGAUUAAUGAUAUAAUAAUCUAAUUGAAUUAUGAGAAGUCCAUGAGACAUGUAGAUUGACAUGUUUACUGUUUUUGUUUACUCAGAGGGAAAAUUUGACUAUACUAUCAGAGGGAAAAUUUGGAUACACUUGUCUUUUGGACUUUACUUUGCCCCAUGCAUUUUAAAGAUAAAAAUAAAGAUAGAUAAAAAAAAAAAAAAAACGAGAGAGACGUUUAAAA